AUGAGCGCAAACGACCCUGGCUCGGCCCAGCGGCGGCGCAAUCCCGACUGGGCCGACUUCUACAAGAACGGCAUCCCGAGGGAGGUUAUUGUUAUUGACGACGACGACGACGAUGAGCCCCAGCCCCCGCCGCCGCGCCAGCCAGGCUCUGCACGCACUGCCCAAAGCGCAUCGGCACGCCAUACCGACAAGAAGCGCAAGACGGCCGCUUCGACAGCCUAUGAUCCCGUCUACAACCAGCACACGUCCUACUCGACUACCCAAACACCCUACUACGACUCGCCCAACCACUCCCUGUCUACGGACCGGACCACGUCUGCCCUGCAUACUACUGCGCACACCUCAUUGGGUUCGCAGGCCAGCAACGAUCACCACAUCUCGCCUCUCGACAACUCGGCGGCUGGCCAGAAGCGCAAGCGCACCCGCGCGGUAGUACAGGAUGAAGCCAAGCAGGCCAAAAGACGAGAGCUGGCAGACCAUGACGACCCCUUCAGUCUGUACCAGCCGCCUCCCAACCCAGUCAUCAAGGCAAAGGACGUGCAUGUGCAGGUCAUCCCAGAUAAAUCCUACACCAAGGACCAGAAGGUAGAUGAUGAAGAUGGUCACUACAUCGUAGUACCCGAUGCCGACCUCACAGAGCGAUAUCAAAUCACGAAGCUGCUCGGCCAGGGCACCUUUGGCAAAGUCGUCCAGGCCUACGACAGGCGCAAGGGCACCAACUGCGCCAUCAAGGUCAUCCGAUCAGUACCCAAAUACCGAGAUGCCAGUCGCAUCGAGCUAAGGGUAUUGUCCACACUGGCAUCCAAUGACAAGCACAACAUCAACAGAUGUAUACAUCUGCGAGACUGCUUCGACUUCCGAAACCACAUCUGCAUCGUCACCGAUCUCUACGGCCAAAGUGUCUUUGACUUCCUCAAGUCCAACGGCUUCGUCCCCUUCCCCAGCUCCCACAUCCAAAAGUUCGCAAAGCAACUAUUCACCAGUGUAGCAUUUUUGCAUGACCUUAACCUCAUCCAUACAGAUCUGAAACCAGAGAAUAUUCUUCUUGUCAACAACAAUUACCAAACCUUCACGUACAAUAGAACUGUACCCUCGUCUUCGACCACGAUCAACCGGACGGCUAGACAUCGCAAGGUCCUUCUUGACCCAGAGAUUAGACUCAUUGACUUUGGAUCAGCGACAUUCAACGACGAGUACCAUUCUUCAGUUGUAUCAACUCGUCACUACCGAGCACCUGAGAUCAUCCUUAAUCUUGGCUGGAGUUUCCCAUGUGACAUCUGGAGCAUAGGCUGCAUUCUAGUCGAGUUUUUCACCGGCGAUGCCUUGUUCCAGACACACGACAAUCUUGAACAUCUAGCCAUGAUGGAGGCUGUUUGCAGCGGCAAGAUUGAUCGGGACAUUGUGCGUGCGGUUUACAAGCAAGACCGCGGCUCAUCACGCAACUCGACGAGCUCCGCGGCGAGAUACUUCAAGAAUUACAAGCUAGACUACCCCAAUGCGGAGACAAACAAGGCGUCCAGGAAAUACGUCAAGGCGAUGAAGAAGCUACCUGAAACUAUACCCGCGCACACCGACUUCAACAGGCAAUUCUUGGACCUGUUGAGGCGGAUAUUCGUCUACGACCCAAAGAAGCGGAUCACGGCCAAGGAAGCACUACAACACCCUUGGUUUAAGGAAUCACUCAUGGACGACGGAACCGAAGCGCACAAGAUCCGACUGGAGCGGGAAAAGAAGGCGCGCCGAAUGGAAGAGGAUCGUCGUUACCGCGAACAACAGCGAGCGUAUUGAGCCAACUAAGAUUUGACAUGCACAAUGGUGUACGCGUCAUAUAGAUAUCCAGCUCCGCCGCGUAGGCUACGGGUACGAUAACGGUUGCGGGGUUAUCUUUUGCUUCUCAUCUACUGCAUUUACGACAGCGACAUGACACAAGGGGAGUGGUCACCCUAGGUUCCACGCAGGGCUUAUUGGCGUUAUACGUGUCACUGUUAUCUUGGAUUACCAAUUAUUCUCGUCUUCUCUAUCUUCAGCGAGUGUGGAAAAGUACUCUGACGCUCUUGUCGAUGACAUUCAGCGUGAGAGCGAAAACAUUAUACCACUGUUACUGUGUGUAGCCAUGGGGCGGAGAUGCAGUGUGCUAGGCAGUGGGUCGGAAGCUUUGCGUAUCUUCAUAGAAGCGCUAGCUGUAGAUGUAGCCGACAGGAUUUGUGCUGGUGGCUGGCAGCAUUGUAUAAUUUAGGACUCAUAGCAAAGGUGCUUGGGGCAAUGUAUUGAGUAUCACGGGCAACUGAACAAGCUGCAUCUAAUCAAGGGACCGAAUGUCUCACUUUUGACCGCAUUUUGGCGCCA